AUGUUGAGUGCACAAUAGACAAGAGUGCUGCAAUCCCCGGAGACUAUAUUACCAUAGAUGCUGACGUCAUGAAUUUCAGCGGUAGAUGGAUCUCGCUUAUCCAAGCCGCCGUGUUACAAGAGAGUUACUAUUACGCACAAGGCAAGGAAAUCAUCUUCCGGCAAUACCUGAACACCCAUGAUGACGUCUUCGACACCGGCUUCCGGACUGGCCGCCGCUGGCAUGAGAUCAAACUCCUGGUGCCCCCGUACCUGGCAGACUCCGGCUUAGAGACGUGCAAGAUCAUGCGAGUCAAGUACUUCUUCCAGUUCAAG